GCAAAAAAAUUCUGUGUCAAUUUGAGAUAAAGAAAGGCAAGAUCAGGCUACGGUGUGGCUAAUUAUAUAAGACAAAGCUGUAUUUGCAAAAUCUGAUUUGCUCCUUGAUUGAAAAUAAGCUCCAUAAAAAACAUAAUUCUUUUGGCUUUCAUAGUUGCUCUAUUCCUAAAUGCCAGUUGGUCAAAAUACAUUCAAGGCUACAAAUACGUCUUAAAUCAAAUGAGCUAGAUACGAGUCAUUAAGUCGGCAUGUUCUGGAAAUAAUACAAACUCUCAGAGAUGGGAUUUAAAGUUAGAAUUGUUGGGAUGAUGAGGCUUAUUUCAAGUGUGUCACCUGCCCCUCUAUGCCACCCGUGUAUCCUCACGGCUGUACUGAGCAAGUAAAAUUCAUAUUUAACAUAUCAGGCUUGGUGCAGAGCCUACUGCUUUUACUUUCUCCUAUAUAUAAACUUGUGUAUUCAGGUUUGAACAGAGUGAACUCGUCCAGCUCUUCAUGGACUGGUGGUGGGGUCUACAGCUCGCUUUGCAGAAGCUCGAGCACUCCUCGCCUCAGGAGAACGCCAGGCUCAACUACACGCACCCUGCUGGGACCAGCUCCACAGCGGGAGCUCAACAUGACGUCUUCCUCGUCUGCAUCUGUGUGUCACGCUGCAUCUGUAAUCGUGGCUGUGGUGGAGGGCCGGGGUUUGGCCAGGGGAGAGAUCGGCAUGGCCAGCAUCAACACAAGGUCCCCUGAGUUGGUACUUUCACAGUUUGCAGAUACUGGGACUUAUGCCAAGGUAAUUACCAAACUGCAUAUCUUACUGCCUUUUGAGAUUCUGAUGCCAGACACUGCUAGUGAGAAAGGGCAAGGAACCAAGCUCUACAACCUCAUCAUGGAGAACUUUCCGUCUGUAGCUUUCAGUGCCAUUCAGAGGAAGUACUUUAACGAGAGGAAAGGUCUGGAGUACAUCCAGCAGCUCUGUGCGCCCGAGUUCAACACUGUUCUUAUGGAUGUACAAACCAAGUACUAUUGUCUGGCAGCUGCAGCAGCUCUCCUUAAGUACUUUGAGUUCAUUCAGAACUCUGUCUAUGCUCCCAGAUCUCUGAAAGUGAGCUUCACUGGCAGUGAGCAGACUGCAAUGAUUGACGCAGUCUCAGCCAAGAACUUGGAGCUAGUAAUUAACAACAGGGGCAACAGGAGUGAACACACUCUACUUGAGGUCUUAAACUACACCAAAACACCUGGGGGUGAAAGGCGGCUUCGCUCUAACAUUCUGGAGCCUCUGUUAGAUGUUGACACCAUUAACACACGCCUGGACACCGUACAGGAACUGCUGCACGGUGAGGAACUCUUCUUUGGUCUCAAGAGUGCAAUUACACAAUUCUUGGAUAUAGAUCAGCUGCUUUCUGCUCUUGUACAGCUCCCCAAGCAAGAGACGGUUGAAGUGGCUGAAGCAAAGAUAAUGCAUGUCAUUCAGUUGAAACACACGCUAGAACUGAUUGAACCACUCAAGAUGGUGUUGAAGGACGCUAAGACAGCCUUACUGAAAGCUUAUUACACUUCACUAGAAGAUAGCAGGUUUGACAGCAUUUUGGAUGAAAUCAAAACAGUGAUCAACAGUGACACCAGCUAUAUGAAGGGCAGUCUGAAUAUGCGAACACAAAAGUGCUAUGCUGUACGCCCUAAUGUCAAUGAAUUGCUAGACAUUGCACGUCGAGCCUACACUGAGGUUGUGGAUGAUAUAGCAGGAUUAGUAGAUCAGCUAGGAGAGAAGUAUGGCCUUCCACUGCGCACUAGUUUUAACAGCGCUCGAGGUUUCUUCAUCCAGAUGAGGCUGGAGGGUUUUGGCCUGCCUGAUGGACAGCUCCCAGGAGAGUUCAUCAAAGUAACUAGACAAAAAAACAACUACAGCUUCACGACGUUAGACCUGAUGAAGAUGAACGAUCGUUGUGAUGAAGCCUUGAAGGAGAUAUUUCACAUGUCUUAUAUCGUGGUACGCAGGUUACUUAAUGAGGUGUAUAAACAAAUUCACUGCUUGUAUAAGCUGUCUGAUGCUGUGUCCAUGCUGGAUAUGCUGCUCUCCCUCGCCAAUGUUUGCACUAUUUCAGACUAUGUGCGCCCUGAAUUCACCGAUACACUGGCAAUAAGACAAGGCCGCCAUCCAAUCCUGGAACGCGUUGCUGGCCAGCAGCCCAUCCCCAAUAACAGCCAUAUCUCUGAGGGAAGCAACUUUAUUAUAAUCACAGGCCCGAACAUGAGUGGCAAGUCCACUUAUCUCAGACAGGUGGCCCUCUGCCAAAUCAUGGCUCAGAUAGGAUCAUUUGUGCCUGCUACAUUUGCCUCGUUCCGUGUUGCUGAUCAGAUAUUCACUCGGAUAGGAGUAGACGACGAUUUUGAGACCAACUCGUCAACAUUUAUGGUUGAGAUGAAGGAGGUGUCCUACAUAAUACACAAUGCAAGUAACAGGUCACUCAUUAUUAUUGAUGAGCUGGGACGUGGUACUGGUGCUGAGGAGGGCAUCGGAAUUUGUCACUCGGUUUGCGAGUUCCUCAUCAGUCUGAAGGCAUUCACUCUGUUUGCCACCCACUUCCUGGAACUGUGUCAGUUGGAGACUCUUUACCCCAAUGUAGAGAAUCAGCACAUGCAGGUCCAGCACAUGCGUGGGACUGAAAACAGCACAGAGAGUGUGGUCUACACCUACCUUCUGACUCAAGGCUUCUCUGAGGAAAGCAACUACGGUAUAAGAGCAGCAGAGAACACAUCGUUUCCACUGUCCAUCAUCCAGGAGGCCAAGUCUAUAUCAGCCAAAGUUAGCCAAAAGUUAUGGGCUAAGCAUCAUAGUGACCCAACCACCCUGCGGCAAGGGGCAGUGUUUCGACUCGCCACCAGAUUGUUACAGACUGCCCGAAACUCCAGGUUGGAUCCAGACAGCCUCCGUCUUUACCUAAAGGGUCUAAAAAGAAGUUAUGAAGCUGAGUUAAAGGACAGCUUAGAGACCAUGGACACAGAGGAGUGAGGCCUUCUGCACCUAGACUAACAAUAAUGGACUGGAUGCUAAGAUCUGAGCCACACUGAGUAAAUCCAGUAUCACAACUGGUGACUGAAUUAGUUAUGUUAAUGGAAGCAUUUAAUAAAUUUGCCCAGAUAUUGUUCUGAUUUUGUUCUCUGGUGGUACAAAGACAAUUUAAAAUGCUCUGUUGGUUCAUACUCUACAGGUUGUUGAGUUAUGCUAAAUCUAUUGGGAGACUAUAUAUGGCUUUCCUAUUAAAUAGAAAUGACUAAAUAAAAUAUAUUUUGUUUAGUCUGUUAUAGUUAUUGCUAACACUGUCCUUUAACUUUAGCUUUAACUGUACUGUAGUGUGUUGUAUUGUAAGCUAGAAGUCAAUAAAAAAUGCAAAUGCAUCUUUUGAAAAUUGCAGUACAUUAAGGAACUAUACAUAUAAAAUAUAAUAACAAUAAUUAGGGUGAGCUGAUCAGUGCUGUUCAGUUGCAGGACAACAGAGCUACUUUUUAGGAGACAGAUUACAACUGAGUGAUGGCCCAGCUCUGACCCACAUUUACCAUGUUCAUCCUGCCAACAUGUCGGUUCUCGAAGUCGAUGUGUUGGAAGCUGGAAAAAUGGGCAAGCGUAAGGAUCUGAAUGACUUUUGACAAGGGCCAAAUGACAAGGGCCAAAUUGUGAUGCCUAAAUGACUGGGUUAGCGCAUCUCCAAAAGGUCUUGUGGGGUGUCCCCGGUAUGCAGUGGUUAGUACCUACCAAAACUGGUCUAAGGAAAGACAACCAGUGAACCAUCGACAGGGUCAUGGGCACCCAAGACUCAUUGAUACGCACGGGGAGUGAAGGCUAACCCGUCUGGUCCGAUCCCACAGAAAAGCUGAAAAAGUUAAUGCUGGUUAUGCUAGAAAGGUGUCAGAACACACAGUACAUCACAGCUUGCUGUGUAUGGGGCCGCGUAGCCACAGACCAGUCAGAGUGCCGACGCUGACCCCUAUCCACCGCCGAAAGCACCUUUGUUGGACACGUGAACUGGACCAUGGAGCAAUGAAAGAGGGUGGCCUGGUCUGAUGAAUCACAUUUUCAGUUGGAUGCGUGUGCGUCGCUUACCUGGGGAAGAGAUGGUACCAGGAGGCACUAUGGGAAGAAGACAAGCUGGUGGAGGAAGUGUGAUGGUCUGGCAAUGUUCUGCAGGGAAACCUUGGGUCCUGGCAUUCAUGUGGAUGUUACUUUGACACAUACCACCUACCUAAACAUUGUUGCAGACCAAGUACACCUCUUCCUGGUGACAGUAUUCCCUAAUGGCAGUGGCCUCUUUCAGCAGGAUAAUGCGCCCUGCCACACUGCGAAAAAUUGUUCAGGAAUAGUUUUAGGAACAUGAAAAAGAGUUCAAGGUAUUUACUUGGCCUCUGAAUUCCCCAGAUCUCAAUCUGAUCAAGCUUCUGUGGGAUGUGCUGGACGAAUAAGUCCAAUCCAUGGAGAUCCCACCUCGCAACUUACAGGACUUUAAGGAUCUGUUGAUAAUGUCUUGGUGCCAGAUACCACAGCACACCUUCAGAGGUCUUGUGGAGUCCAUGCCUUGACGGCUCAGAGUUGUUUUGGUGGCACAGGGGGAACCUACACAAUAUUAAGCAGGUGGUUUUAAUGUUAUGGCUGAUCGGUGUAUAUACAGUAUGGUCACACUAAUGAUACUUGUGACAUGAAUUUUAACAUGUCAGUGUUUUAAGAUGAGUCAGAAACCUUUUGUUUGUUUGAUUAAUAAUUGAAUUAAAUAAUAAUUUCAUUUAAUAGAUUUCACAAGUCUAACUUUUGAGAUAAUACGACAAAUUCAGAUAAUGAAUCAGAACGUUGAAAUAAUGUCAAAUUGUUGACAUUCUUGCACUACUGCUUCCAAAAACCUAGGCGGAAAUGGACUUCCUACAUACAAACAGCGCUGCAGUGAACUAUCGCGAGAUCACCUUCUGUCCCCGCCCUCAACGCGAACAGCUGCGCCCUUUAAAACAUACAGAGCAGCGUACUCAGCAGCGUUUCCUCCUUUCCCA